AUGGUUUGUAUUCACACUAAAAAUCAAAAUCAAGGGGACUUUUGCCCUUUUGCUCUACUAGAGAUUUCUGUUCUCUAUAAGUCCCCCUUAGGACACCUGCCUAAGCCUGUUCCCUUAGCUAUAGUUUCGCUAGAUAGUAGAUAG